UUGAUAUUUCAUUGCUAGGCAACAGUUUACAUCUCGAUUGUUUUUGUAUAAGAAGUGUGUAGAGAUUAUCGAAAUUGUGAUCAUGUCGGAAAGAACUGAGGAACCCGUCGAAAUAAAACCCUCUUCUGUCAUGGGAUUCAAUGGCCACAGCCAUGGUGGAAUGAUUGUACAUCCAGAUUGUCAGCAUAUCAUCUACCACCUAGGUUACAUUGUUGUUGUUGAAAACAUUAGUACAAAGAAACAAACAUUAUUGUUUGGCCACCAUAAUGAUGUUAGUUGCUUGACUGUUUCCAGGAGUGGCCAAUUUCUAGCUUCCGGUCAGGUCAUAUAUAUGGGAUUCAAAGCGGAUAUUAUUGUUUGGGAUUAUGAGAAGAAAGACAUUUACUGUCGUUUCACACUACAUAAAGUAAAGGUGCAAGCCCUUGACAUCUCUCCAAAUGACCUAUUUCUGUUGUCUUUGGGAGGACAAGAUGACGGCAAGUAAACAGUAUUUCUUAUC